GAUUUCUCUCAGGAUUUAAGAGAAUGAUUGAAUUUUUCAAUGUACUUUAUCUUAGAUCUUUCUGUUUGAUUAAACCGAUUUGCAGGUUUCCUCUCAGAUCCAAUUGUUUUCUGAAUUUCGGAAUGAAGCUCUUUGUAGUUCAUUCUCCUCUUGCUUUUUCCUUUUCUUUAUUUCCCCAUUCGAAGUCGCCACAAGCCUGAAACUCCAUUUCAUGAUAGAUUUCUAUUUAAGUUCUGCCGUUCUUAUCUGAUCAUCUGUUAGUUUCUCUAAGAACUUAAAGAGAAUGAAACCUGUAAUUUAUUGUACUUUCUGUUCGAUUUCUCUAUUUGACUGAGCUGAUUUGCAGGUUUUCUCUAGUUUGAAGAGAUGAUGAUUCAACUUCGUCCUGCAUGGGCAGUGAAGGCGAUCUUUGUGAUCCUCUUCUGGUCAAUCCUGUUCCGCUGCGUCUCCGCUACUAAUCACACCGUCGGCGGAGCAACUGGUUGGAGUCUUGCAUCUGACGUGAAGAACUGGGCUUCGAACAUUGUGUUCUUCACUGGAGACAACUUAGUGUUCGUGUACACGCCCGAGCACGAUGUGAUCGAAGUCGGGGAGCAAGGCUACGCUCAGUGCCUGAUACGAAGCCCCAUCCGCACACACAACGAUGGCAACACUGUGAUCCCAUUGAUAAACCCAGGCACAAGGUACUUUGUGUGCGGCAGGCCUGGUCACUGCUUCCAGGGCCUGAAGGUUCAGGUCGACGUUCUUCCCCGCCCUGAAAAAGUGAGUUCAUCUCCAAGCACUGGAACUGGAAGCUCCAACGGCGGCAGCGCCGCCGCUCCUAUUGGCUCCAAUGACCAAGAGGAAGGCCCAGAUGCCAAUCCAAAUCGGGUGCGCCGUCCUCCACGGUCUCCACGGCCUUCAGGGCCGCCACGCCCUCCUGGGGCCCCACGCUCUCCGCCAGCAAAUUCGCAUCAUCGUUCUCCUCCUUCAUCGGAAAAUCCUAAUAUUUCAGAAGGUCCGAGUCCUAAUGGAGCUUCGACAGAGAGGGGUGGGGUUGACCUCAAUGUCGCGCAUCUGGUUUACUACUACUGCUGGCUGCUUCUGAUCAAAACCAUCGCCAACUACUUUACUCUUUUAUGA